CAAACAUGGUGACGUCGAGGUAGCAGCAUCAACAACAUAAGUUACAAUAAACACUGCGAAGGAGCAACUUUGGUUAGCGAGUGUGGUGGCGGGAAGGAAGAAGGAUUAGUGUUGUUUGUGUUUUGGAAAAGACGCGAAAUGCCAAAAAGAAAAUGCCCGUUUCCUCAAAACUCCAAUCUGAUGAAAAUGCACAUUGACAUGAGGGAUGUUGGUAAAGAAGAAUACCAAAGGGAGGUGUAUGAAAAGACAAAAAAUCUAUUGAUGAAAGGUGCCAUUGAGGCAUCAAAGACACAUAACAGUACCACCGAUGCCAACAGGAUUUCUAAUGGAAAAGGAAAAAAGGUCCUUGGACCUGCUUUGAGUAAAAGGGUCACAUUUGAAAAAUGUUUAAGCUGUGGCAAUGCAAAUGGAGCUAGUUUAAUAAAGUGUGAGUUUUGUGAACAAAAUGUAUGCACAGGCUGUUGCAGGGUUUGUGUUGAGUGUGAGAAGACUUUCUGCCAUGUCUGUUCAGUUAUCAACUAUGACUUUAGAGACGAGAGAGAGUUUUGUCUCAGCUGUGUCAGAUAAGUGGAUCUUAUCUUCUUAUGUCAUUUCAAGAAGGCUUUGGGGACAAAAAAAGACAUCACAGCAACUAUUUUGUAAUAAAAGGAUUUUAUAAAAACAAGAAAUGUGUGCUGAAAGAGGUAUCCUGAGGGUUUCUUGCUUUAUUUAUUUUGCUAAAACUUUGUGAAUAGUUCAAUUAUUGAACAUGUAAAUACCCAGUUUCUAUUAACCAUUUCAUGUUAGCAGUACCCUUAUACUUUUUCAAUGCCUAAUGAUUAUAGGAAGUUUCUAAUAUGUCUCUAUCUUUGUAUUUUAUUUCAUAUUUAAUAAUGUAAAUACUUAACUGAUGUUUCAUCAAUUUAUGGAGGCUGCAAACAUCAAGAGCUUGUCUCUAAGUAAUACCGUGAAAAUUGUUUUGCAAUAAAAUCAUGUGAUUAAUCAGACAAACUGCUUUCUGCUCCAUUUACACUUUCCUCUUUCUUUUGCUCAUUCAAUUGGAAGCCAAGCAAUGCAACCAAACAUGCUGGUAUUGGAGUCUUUUCCUUCUAAAGAAUAUUUUUAUAAAAAGCAUAAAGGACUGCAGCUUUUGACCAUCAGUUUAUAUUCCUAAUGUUGUAUGUUUGAAAAUUGAUAAGAUUUCUUAAAAAACUUCUUUCGGCUAUUGUUGACUACUACAUUAUCAAGCCAUAAAUAGUUUGUAUGAUGUUAUGCACUAUUUUUGAUUGUUUUAAACAUAGCCUUGUCUGUAUUAUAAUAGAGUUAUUAUCUAUAACUGUUUUCAGACAAAUUUUGUCUUCUUUUUGUGA